CAGACUGAUAGUUUGACAAGUUGCAACGGAAUGUAUCACCCUCAGUUUCGUAGGAUAGCAACCAGAUCGAUCUCUCCACUCGAUGUACUCACUCAUAUGCGUAAAAGUCCAGGUGGGCUCGAGUCUAUACUGCGAGUGACUCAGUACAGUCUGCGCUUUUGCUGUUAUCUCUAUGCAGACGGACGAAGACCUUUAUCAUCUAAGCGUAGGGCCUGGCUGAGGCGGACUUUAUUGAUUGUGUCGCUACUGUCGAUGUCGCGAAAACUACUACAUCUCCUCGACACCAUCCGAGCCUUAGUAGGAUUAAAGACUCGGAUCAACUUCAAACUUCCUAGCGAUGAUCGUGGGCGACUGAAGGCAUUCGCUGAGAUCACGUCUAACAUAAUCGAAGCUAUCGUCGGCCUUUUCGACGACCUUUCAUUGCUACGACUACUUCCAAGCCGAUAUAAUCGAUCUGCCAGCAUUCUUCACUUUGUCAAUGUCCUUGUUCGAACAGUAGAAGCCGAGUUAAAAAAGACGGAACUAUGGAUUACUGGCCGUACAACACGACACGCUAUGCGUAUGCGAGAUCAAGCUGAUGAGCGGAUCAAGACACCUACUUCAACUUUUUCUCAGACAGAUUGGGAAAACCUCUCACCCAGUGAAAGAGCGCGCUCGGAGCGUUCGAUUGCUCGUGAGCGGCGAGGAAUCUUGCGCGAGUGUCGUUUGGGGCUGGAUCGCUUAUGGUGGACUCAGAUUGCUCUGCUAUGUGAUGGUGUAUUCUCCAUUUAUGACGUCUUGGAGAUGCAGGCUCGGGGACAGGGUGUUAGGGCUGCUGCAGGUUGCGCAAGCGCUUGGAUCAGUUUCAUGGAAGGCUAUCAAGAUUCGGCCCGAGUACUAUACCAUGAUCAACGCAUUACGAGGUUGUGGUAAAUGCUGAUUCCAGUUAGAAAGGUUUCUUCAGAUUUAUACUUCAGUCCACAACCCUGCUAACUCCGGAACUUCUGUGAAUUUGUGGACGAUUGGGAAUCCACAAUUUGGAUCUUCAAUUCAAAGUAGAAGCUGUAACAUACGGAUUUUCACGUUCUUGGAUAACACUUUGUAUUGAUUUUUUCUGCAUUUCAAAUGGAUUCUUUUGGAAGGAUGAAUUGUUUAGGGGCAGUGUUUUAAGGUGAAGCAAGUUUUUGUAAAAUAUCGGAAAUCUAGUUUCUUUCAAGGUUUAAAUUGUUUCCUUUUGUUAAUGUUGUUAAAAAA